GACGUUGGCGUAAGCGAGCGCCGGAGGCGGUUGUCAUGGUGACGGGAGCCGCCAAUUCGGUUUCUUUCAGAGUACUAUAUUACAAUGGCUUCUCAAGAGAGGAUCAGGCCUGUGAUAAAAGGAAGUGGAUUUUGGCAUGUUCCCACUGUGAAGGAAUAUAGCCAGGAAACACAAGAGUUAUUAAAAGUGAUGAUGCAAGAAUCUAAACUUACUUCUUUCCAGCAACGCCAUCUUGUAAAUUGCAUGAAACGUGGUGAUGCUUUCCCCGUACACUGUUAUCCAACAUCCAGCAGAGAACCAGAGUUUCCGAAGCCUGUGUCAUCAAAGAUCAUUUUGACCACCAGUCUCUGUGGUAGACCUCACCUGCGGCCUGCAGAAAUCUGUCGGGCAGGAAGUGCAUAUACCAGAGAAAAAUUCAAACCUCAAGCCACUCGAGACAUAGAGAAGGAGAAAGAAAGACUGCAAAACAUCUUAGCAACAGGAAAGGACAAAGUAGAGAAGAAAACUCAGAAGAAACCAGUCAAGGUAGAAGAAACAGUACCAGAGGUGGACCGAUUCGAUGAAUUGGUGAACGAAAUUCAAGACCGACAAAAUUUCCUGUCAGAAAUGAAAGCUUUGGGACAGAGCAAAGCGUAUGAAGGAAUUAUCCAAACUGAAAUAUCACAGAAGCUCCGGGAGAUGGAGAUGAUUGACAAGCAGAGAACUGCAGAACUGAAAGGGGCAAUAGCCAAGUCUUUCAAUAUAAGCAUCAAACAUGACAAUCGAAGCACAGGUCAAGUAGACCAAUAGUUCUCCCCCCCCCCCCCCACACACACACCCAAGGAUGUAACUCUUCACCCUUACUUUUUCUGCUGGCAUAACCAAAUGUGAAGAAUAUCUUAUCAGUACAGUUUUGACCCUCUUGUGGCAGGUAUCUGUUAGAAUAUAUUUAAUCUCCCAGGAAUUCUGUAUGAAUCCUGAAAAAUAGGAACAAUCUGUUUCAAUAUGGAAUGGCAGGAAGCCUUUCCAAAAAUGUGAUCCAGAAACAAAAGAGUUCAAAUGAAUCGCUGGCCUUACAAUGAAUAUUAGCUUGCUUGCCUUGACAAAAAAGAGGAAAGGAUUUCCACAUAUUUCAUCUCUGGAAAACAGCAUCUGUGUUUCUACCAUUUAUUAGAAUUAGAACAGUACAACUCUUAGAAUAGAUCAAAAAUACUUCAUAUAUUAUUCUGCCAUCCACGAGACUGCUUCCAGUCAAAACUGCUGUUUUUCACUUACCAUAUAAAUUUUAAGCAAACAGUGGUGACUAUUGUAUCGGACUAUAAAAGAGAGAAUUAGAAGAUUUUAGAUGGCAGUUAUUUUUGAUGAAUGCUUCUUCAGUAAAAUUACAGACCUAGGACCAUCUUCAUUAUGACUAAGUGACUAUUCAGAUGUCUGUCACUUGUUAAAAGAAAGACUUAAUAUCACAACAAUAAAUGGAGUAUGGGAUGUUUUUUUCUCAUUGGUGGACUUUUUGCUUUGGUCCAGGUCACUUUUGAUAGCUGUAUAAUAUUCUACUUGUAAAAAAUAAAUAGAA